AUGAACCCUCACGCUGCGAAGCCGUAUCAUACAGCUGAUCCGAUCUUCAUGCCAUUAGAUGAAGAGUCAUCAGCGCCGCUUGACUUGCCUCUAGACAGCCUGCUCGAUAUUCCAGACUACGACCCUACAUGGUUCAAUAUAGAUCCUGAGGUCUACGAUGACAACAACACUAACAGCUGCGGAUUCAUACCCAAUCUGCACAUCGUCGAUGAGGUAGAUCGUGACAGAUUCAAGUUGACUACUGAAACAUCAUCUGGCACUCCUGUUUCCAUGACAGGCGCCAUGAACUCUAUAGACUCGAUGACAGGAGUCACCACAGAUAGCAAUAUGUGGGCGCUUGGCGAUCAGUUGAGAACAAGUGCACGCAUCACAGACGAACGAGAGCAUGAAAUGGCAUAUCUUAUAAGACACUUCACCGAGACGCUGGCACCUUGGCUGGACCUCUUCGACAAUGACAAUCACUUUCAGCACAUCGUACCGCUGCGGGCACUGGGAGAUGCACUGCUACGUAACGCCAUAGCUGCGGUCGCUGCAAAGCAGCUAGGCCGCGUCAAGGGCGUCAAGCCAUUUCUUGGACUUCAAUGUCAACGACCGGCUACAAUGGAAAUCAUAGGUGACGCCUUGCCAAUCGACUGGUUCUAUAAGGCUGCCAACUACUACGACAAGGCCAUAGCCUUUUCGCGAAUGUAUCUAGAUGCGCUGUCUGGUAGCCUGAGUCAGCCAGCCAGUCCGAACACGCAGACAACACUAUCGGUGGCCAACUCAGAUGAUCUUCUGGUGGCUGUGAGUAUAUUCUCGCUGUACGAGUCGUUGGACAAUCGUGAAGUUGGAUGGUCACAGCAUCUAGGCGGUUUGAAGUCGUUGCUUACCGCUAUCAGGACGAAUCAACAGGAGCAAAGCCAGCUUCAGUCUCAAAUUACAAGUGGUCGAAAAGCUUCGUUCUGGAACUUUGCUCGCGGCGAUUACCAAGCGGCGUACAUCAACAGACGGAUGACGUAUCUUGAUACUGGAGAUCUGGCGUUGUGGAGAAACUGCGGGCUUGAGCUCCAGGACAACGGUGCUCUAUAUGCUGAGCCGGCAAGCAUCAAAGGUGAUUCCCAGCACCCACAACGGACAGCACAGCUGGUUGCUCAUACUCUGCUUUGGGUUGUCCUUGGAGUCACCAAUUACUGUGCCUUGGAGUCUGGAUAUUCCUCCGCAGUACAGCAGGUGACUUGGGACAGACUCACAUCACAGCUAGAUCAAUGGUACAGCAUGUUGCCUGGGACAUUCCAACCUUGUGCUCGAAUCAGACACAUACCUUUCCAGCAGCAGGUAGUUGUUGGAAACACAAACAUGCAGCUGACGGAGGUGUUCUUCAGCAUCGACUCUUGUGCUGCAGCACUCCACCUGUACCACUUUGCACGAAUACUACUCCUGCUCAACAAGCCUCGAGAUCAGAAGGGUGUUAGCAGGCUUAAGGCUUAUCGAGAAGUGUCUACCGAUGCCAUCAAGCAUGCGAGAGCCAUCAUCAGCAUUGCAUUGGGAAGACCUCAUCCUGCUGUCAGAGUCGAGAUGCUUCUACCACUCUACAUCGCAGGUGGCUGUCUGGAGAUUGAUGAUGAGAGAAGAAUCGUGCUUCAGGUGAUGAAAGCUAUUGGCCAGGAUACUGGAUGCUCGACCGAGGUCACUGUCAGGAGUUUGGUAGACGAGUGGGGUUGGAACCAAGAACCGGAAGGCAUCGACUAG